UGGCUUGAUUCUCCAUGAUGAAUUUGGCGAAUGUUCAAGUCGAGUCGCAUUGAAGACUGACCUCAACUUUUCCCCCAAAGUCGGGCGGAACUUUUUUUCCUCUGACAAGGAUUCGUUAUGGGGCUAGUCCCGUUUGAGUUACUAUCAGAAUUCCGAGCUUAUCGAUAAGAGAGGGGUCAAAUCAUGUGAUGACCCCCAUUUUCUGCUUUUUGGAGUUUGAAUUCAUCAGUAUCUCAACAAAUCUAGAGUUGGUGAAUUCAAGUAAAAGCUACCAUUCGCGUUCCACUGGUCAUUCAUUUCUCAUGCAGUGAAAGGUUAAUCAAGAAUAUCUUGAAAUAACUUUAUACGUGGUCAGGCAGCUCACUGCCCCCUCCCACAGCUUUUGAUGACGUACCUCCUCGUAAGGCUGGCUUGCUGCGGGUAGAGUAGGGUGAGUGGAGGGGUUUGAGUUGUUGAGAGAUGAUAGGUUAGCUACCAAGGACAGACGUAGAGGGGUUCCUCAUGACUUGGCAGCUUCUGGACAUAUAAAGCCUUCAGCCGCUGCUUGUUUGCUUCUAAAGAAACAUCAUCACUACAAAUCCAACCUCUUCUCUUCCAAAUUAACGAAAUACCUCCUUCAAUAUGACUGAUAAGCAAACCAAGGGACGUGGAGACGAGACUGACGAUGAGGAGUUGCAAGAUACCAAGAACAACAAUCUUGUUAAGCAUUUGGUAGGUUGACUCCUAACUUCUCGUUCUUUCAAUUUCAUGACGAUGCCAGAAAGGGUGGGUAGUAGAAAGGGGAAUAUCAAUACUAACAACGCCAAUAGAUCUGCUGUCACACUCCUGAGGAUGUUGAGCCGUAAGUUGAUACUACCAACCUAAAGGUAACCCAUUUAAGGAAUCCAACUGACCAACUCCUAGUGCCAUCAAGUUUGCUCAAGAGCAAGGUGGAAAAUACCCCAAGAGACGUCCUAUCAUAACUGGGUUCACGUAAGUCACCAAAUCGACUCGAGACUUUACCAGGCAGAGUACUAAUAUCUCCAAGCAUCAAAUUCCCCAAGGACAGCGUCAGCACUCUUUCUGACAGCAAGCACGUCUCGUCGGCCGAGGUUGAUGGGGUCGUCUCAACACAAUCGACCAUCUACGGGUAGAGGCAUGGCCUUGUUGGGAUAUAUGGGUACAGGUACAACAGGCGCGGGGUUCGGGUCCUUGGGUGGGAUAAAUUCUUUGGAUCGAAUCAGGUCACGACUCAUGAAUAAUUGAAUAAAGAAUCAUACUUCGUAAUUAAUUUGCCGUGGUUGCAGUGAAUAUACACGUUGAGCUGGCAAUGCGAUGUUGGUGUUUGUAAAUGUUGAAACGAAUCUUAGUCGGCCUCUGACCACGGAGUCUGGCGAUUGGAUCUUCAAAACAAGGCCUUGUUCUUCCACUGCAGCCUUCUACCCCACAACCCCAAUCCAAUGCCAAUGCCAUCACAAUGACCUCGAUAUGGACGCCUGCGAAGCAUUGUCUCUGCAGAAAGAACCCUCAUGGGGCAACUCGAUUGUUGACAACAUCAACAUCUUCAUACCUCGCACGACAUCCCUCUCCAUCAGCUCACCGCUGGUCACAUCCACCCAGCUCGACGGUGAUAGCUGACGACGAUGUCGCAAGCCUGGCCAACAAGCCAUUGCAUAACUUGAGUCUCGCAGAUUUGGUCAAGUCAGUGCCAUUGAAGGUCUCUCCUCUCUCUGCAACUUCUAAUAUGAUCUAGACACGGACGGCCACCCCUCCAUACUCAAGCCCUCUUCUCCUCGGCCAAUUUCACCCUCUCUCUUCUCCCCAUUCGACUCGCCCAUCGCAUACAAGCUCUACGAAAUCUCCCUUUCAUCGUAGUCUCAAAUCCAAACAUCUCGAAAAUCUACAACAACUACCUCCACUCCCUUUCGACCUUACUCCCAUACAAAAGCAAAACCAUCUCAAAUCUCGAGGACGAAAUUCGAUUUACAGAAGUCCUGGCAGAUCUGGUUGAAACUCACGCCCAUACCAUACCAACACUAGCAAGAGGAUUUCUAGAAUGCCGCCGAUAUGUCAACCCGACCGAAGUAACACGCUUCUUGGACGAACAUUUGCGGGCAAGAAUAGGGACGAGAUUAAUAGCUGAGCAACACAUUGCACUGCACAUGUCAUCCCAACCCCACCAAAAUGACCAUUCAGACCACCAAACUCCUGAUCCUUCAUCAUCCUAUAUCGGUGUUAUAGACACUGCCCUCGAACCAGCAUCAAUCAUCAACUCUUGCGGGAACUUCGUUUCAGAAAUCUGUGAGCUGAAAUAUGGAGUACGACCAACUUGGAUUAUAGACGGAGAACCAAAUACCACAUUCGCAUACGUACCCGUUCAUCUCGAAUACAUAAUUACCGAGUUACUUAAAAAUGCAUUCCGAGCUACUGUUGAAUCGGGAAGAACACAAGAGCCUGUUAUUAUUACAAUCGCAGCUGAGCCAGAAAGCCCCCGAGGAGGACUAGAUCAUACUCGCCAACUCGAUUCCUCCUCCCCUGGAGACUCUCUGGGCAAUCCCGCAAUCAAGCCAUUUGAUGAUCCCGCUCCAGGAGUAACAAUCCGUAUCCGUGACCGUGGCGGUGGAAUAAGUCCAGACGUCUUACCCAACAUCUGGUCCUAUUCCUUCACCACUUUUAACGAUGCAGAUGAUUUCCCCGGCCAAACACCCGGAAGCGGGAACAUGGAUGCUCUGAACGCACUCUCAGGCUCAGGAGGAGGUAGUUCAAUUGCAGGCUUGGGAUAUGGAUUACCAUUAGGUCGGGCUUACGCAGAGUAUUUUGGUGGAGGAAUCGCGGUGCAGAGUUUGUACGGAUGGGGCUCGGAUGUGUAUUUGAGGUUGAAGGGAUUGGGGAGGCCGAAACAUUGAUUGAUUGACUGAUAGAUACCCUUGACACUUUUUUCGCGAGGGAGUUUUAGGGGUUUUUGAUCCGUGGGGAAAUGAUUGGAUUUGGAUGGAGUUGGAAGGUAUAGGUAGAUGGCGUGUUUGUAUACAGUACUAAAACGUCGCUCACGCAUAAAAUAAGAGGAAUUCAUAUUACCCAACAUUUCUCUCUACCGGAAUAAGCGAUACCUUCCAAAUUGGUUUGCUAUGUUAUGUAUUUCACCCAUCGCUCUCGCGUCAACUACCUC